GAGGAGCCUCACUCCUAUUGGAAUCCUGGUAUCUAUGGAGUGUGUAUCCAAUUAAGGAGGAGUAAAGACAUCUGAGUCGAAUUCCAGGCUUUCAUUUCCAUGUACAGCCAGUGUGACCUAACAGAAGCUAAAUACAGUUUAUGAGGAAACACCUGUAAGAAGGUCAACUGACUGAGGAUGGAGACGGACCGGAGUCACAUGACCAAGAGGAUAUUAAAUCUCACCCUGGAGAUCAUCCAUCUACUAACCGGAGAGAAUUAUGUGGCAUUCAAAUUUUCUGAUGGCUUGGUGGCAUCGAACUUGAUGAAGUCCCAACACACUACUGUGCAGCCUCCAUCUCACUCCCUGAGAAAGAACAAGAAGGUUCAAGAAGUCACCAGUGAGAUCAUAGAGCUGCUGACAGGAGAGGUUCCUAUAAGGUGCCAGGAUGGCUCUUUCUAUUUCUCCAUGGAGGAGUGGGAGUAUCUAGAAGGACACAAGGAUCUCUCUGAGAAUGAUAUGAUGGAGAACCAGCCACCCCUCACAUCACCAGAUGGAUCCAGUAAUGGGAACCCACCAGAGAGAUGUCCCCGUCCUCUGUAUUCCCGGGACUCCACACAGGAACAUCACAAGUUCCCGCAGAACUAUCAGGAAGGAUGCCUAACUGAAUAUAAAACUCAAGAUGUAGAUGAAGAUGUGAUCUAUGUGAAGGGCGAUGAGCCAUGUAAGGAGGAGGAGAUCCCUCCAGAGAUCAACCCAGACCCCGGAGACACCAGAGGAACUCAGAAAGAUGUCAAAGUUGAGGAGGAGGAAGGAGGCAUAGAUUUUGUCAAAAUCGAAGAAGAGGAAAUCCCUAUUGUGAUUGGUGCAGGACAACAAGAUCAAGUGAAUAAUACAGAGAAACAUCAAAUGAUCUCUCCAGAAAUGGUAAAUGACGUUACGUACGACUCCUCAGAAGAAAAUCCCAUUAUUGCAAACCGCCAUUCAAUACCUUACAGUGCAGAUUUGUCAUCCGAUCCCAAUGCAUAUAGGAGGAGUUUUUCUGAUCAUUUGCCCUCCAUCGCCCAUCAUCUAGAUCAUAGAGCGGGUGAACAAUUUCUGUGUUCCAUAGACGGUAAUUAUUUUACCCAGAGGGCAGGAUCUAUGUCUCAUCAGAUGCCCCACACGGCGGAGAAGCCAUAUUCAUGUUCUGUAUGUGGGAAACGUUUUACCCAGGUAGGAUAUCUUCCCUUACACGAGAGAACGCACACGGGGGUGAAGCCAUAUUCGUGUUCUGAAUGCGGGAAGAGUUUUUCUUUUAAUUCGACUCUUAACAGACACAAGAUAGUCCACACAGGCGAGAAGCCAUUCUCGUGUUCUGAAUGCGGAAGAUGUUUUUCUCUUAAUUCGACUCUCAUUAAACACCAGAGAACCCAUACUGGGGAGAAACCAUUUUCAUGUAUGGAGUGUGGGAAAUGUUUUACCCGGAGGGACCAUCUUAUGAUACACCAGAGGACUCACACGGGGGUCAAGCCGUACUCGUGUUUGGUAUGCGGGAAGAGUUUUACCCGGAAGGCCAGUCUUCUCGAACAUCAGAGGACUCACAUGGGAGAGAAGCCAUAACGGCGUUCAAAGUGUGGGAAAGUGCUUACUGAAAGAGAGCGGCUUGUUGCACAUCAAAUCAUUUACAUAAAUGGUCAUCCGGUUUUCACUUUGCGGAAUUGGACAAUUUUAAAUUACACCAAGUAAUUGACACUGGUGGUAAUCACGCAUUUACAUUGCGCUUGCUUUUUAGCAGUGUUACCUUGGAGACCAAGCUAAACCAGCACCACAUUAUUUCUUGCCUAAUUGGCCAUGCAAAUUACAGCAUUAUGGGCCAGAUUCUCAGAGCAAGUACGCCGGCGUAUCUACUGAUACGCCGGCGUACUUUCAAAUUUGCC